AUGGACGGCAAACGACACCCCAGCUCGUUCCAGCAGCUGGAGAAGCUGGGCGAGGGCACAUAUGCUACUGUCUUCAAAGGUCGUAACCGCCAGACCGGAGAGCUCGUCGCCCUCAAGGAGAUCCACCUCGACUCGGAAGAGGGAACACCGUCAACAGCCAUCCGCGAGAUCUCGCUCAUGAAGGAGCUCAAGCACGAGAACAUUGUCGCCCUACACGACGUUAUCCACACCGAGAAUAAGCUCAUGCUCGUAUUUGAGUUCAUGGAUGGCGACCUGAAGAGAUACAUGGAUACCAAUGGCGAGCGGGGUGCUCUCAAGCCCGUCACCAUCAAGUCCUUCAUGUACCAGCUCCUCAAGGGAAUCGACUUUUGUCACCAGAACCGUGUCCUGCACCGCGACCUCAAGCCACAAAACCUGCUUAUCAACAGUAAGGGUCUUCUGAAGCUCGGCGAUUUUGGUCUUGCGCGCGCCUUUGGCAUCCCCGUCAACACCUUCUCUAAUGAGGUGGUCACAUUGUGGUACCGUGCCCCCGACGUUCUGCUCGGCAGCAGGACCUACAACACCAGCAUUGAUAUUUGGUCUGCCGGCUGCAUCAUGGCCGAGAUGUUUACUGGGCGACCCCUCUUCCCCGGAACCACCAACGAAGAUCAGAUCGUGAGGAUAUUUCGCAUCAUGGGAACACCAACAGAGCGCACCUGGCCCGGCAUCACCCAGUUCCCCGAGUACAAGCCCACCUUUCAAAUGUAUGCUACCCAGGACCUCCGCAACAUCCUCCCUGCAAUCGACCCGACCGGUAUCGACCUGCUCCAGCGUAUGCUCCAGCUCCGCCCCGAGCUGCGAAUCAGCGCACAAGAUGCUCUGCAGCAUCCUUGGUUCAAUGACCUGGUCAUGCACCAACAACAGCAGCAGCAGCAACAGCAGCAACAACAACAAAACCUGCAGGCCCAAUCUCGUGCCUACCAGGCAGUGCCAAGCCAGGGGUUUGAUACCUACUAG